AUGGAGAUUGAUUUUCAGCGAGCUGUGCUGUCCACCCUGCUCCUGGCCGCAGUACUGCUCAGUGCGUAUGCACAGGAGGAGGAGGGACCGGACGUGGAGGCAUGGACAGGGAAGACCUGCAAGUGUGACUGCGAGGGAGAGCCCGGCACGGGGUCUCCUGCCCUCCCCAGCCUGCCCCCCAGCAGCCUGUUGGACUGCAUGCCAGAGUGCCCCUAUCAUAAGCCGCUCGGCUUUGAGGCUGGAUCGCUGACCUCGGACCAGAUCAGCUGCUCCAACGAGGACCAGUACACAGGCUGGUACUCCUCUUGGACCUCCAGCAAGGCCCGUCUCAACAACCAGGGCUUCGGGUGUGCUUGGCUGUCCAAGUUUCAGGACACCAGCCAGUGGCUGCAGAUUGACCUGAAGGAGGUGAGCGUGGUGUCUGGGAUCCUCACCCAGGGGCGCUGUGAUGCGGACGAGUGGGUGACCAAGUACAGCAUUCAGUACCGCACCUACGACCACCUCAACUGGAUCUACUACAAGGACCAGACCGGGAACAACAGGGUGUUCUACGGGAACUCGGACCGCUCCUCGUCGGUGCAGAACCUUCUGCGCCCGCCCAUCGUGGCACGCUACAUCCGGCUGCUGCCGCUGGGCUGGCACACACGCAUCGCCGUCAGGAUGGAGCUGCUGCUCUGCAUGAACAAGUGCAGCACCUGA